AUGAUCAUACUUCUGCCUCAAAAAAAAGCAAAUAUGUCCGCCUUCAAGCCGUUCAAGAUCCCAUCCCGCAAAGGAGCCAUUCCUAUCAUUGACCCCACCAGCGGAAUCGAGGUGAAUACACUCCAAAAUGGCGCUCAAAGUGACCCAAGUCGCCUUUUAGGGGCCCAAGAUAUUGCACCAACCUUUUCAAAACCCCCUCAAGGGGUGGUAGAAGAUCAAGUCAUCAUCAAUCAUGACAAGCACAAAGACAGAAAGGAACAGAGCCAAACUGUGAUAGAUUCUGGUCCCAUUAAUUCACUCCACAAUCACUCGCCCCGAAGUACUUCUUUCGAUGAUCUGGAACAAUACGUAUCAAACCUUCAGAUUUUGGAAGAGGACGGCAAUCAUGGAGGUCAGACAUUUUCUUCCCAGCACCUUUUAAAGGCUGGCUGGAAGCCAGAUAUCAAUGCCUCCGCUUAUAUCCCAUCAUAUCUUUGGGCCAUCCAACAGUCUCCUGCAAUGGAUAGAUUCUCUCAGCAAAUUAAUUCUAUUGAUUUUAAGUCUUAUAUCCAGAAAUUCGCAGGAUCAAACUAUCUAGAACCUGUCCUUCAAAUUCAACCAGAAAUCAGUGACGUGCAAGUCACAAUAUCGCGCCACCCAAAAAAUCUGUCGCUAAAUAAUUACCUUGAAUAUUUUUCUGAAUGCCUCAAGCUGGAAGCUUCCAGCCAUUCAGCGAUUUUACUGCCGUUAGUUCUCUUCAACACCACUCUCGAAUCGGCCGACGCGCAACAGCACCUCUAUAGGCUUCGAAUUCCAGGACUUAAAGAUAAUACUCCAAUACUGAAUCUUGGUGACGUUGUUAUCGUACGACAGAUAUUCCCCUUUUCCCAAAUAGCCCAGCAAGGACUGGAGUGGCUAUCUGAAAAUCAGUACGGACAAAAUGGCUCGAUUGCCCCUGGUUUUAAUGGAAUUCAAAUUUAUUCAUAUGUUUGGGGGAUUUCGAAGACCACCGAGACCGUUGUUCUUCGGGUCGAUGGAUUUUUUGCAACGUCUAAAUUCUGUAAUGUAUCCUUUACUGUGCAAGCUGAUUUAUACGUUGCCUUGGGAAGAGCAAUUCGGAAGGUCAAUAAUGACCUAAUGGUCCAGUCGAUGGAUUCUACUGAUAAUCUAGAUGGUGAAGACCCCAUCUGGACCAAGCGCAUGCUGUUUCCUGACGAACGACACUGCGUAACCCAGAAAACUCUACAUAAGGGGACCUUUGAUCGCAAAUGGAUUGACCUUCAAUUAAACUAUGAACAGCAAAAGGCAGUGGACUCCAUCGUAUCACGGAAUUACGGGAACGUCCCGUUUUUAAUCUCAGGAGUACCAGGAUCCGGCAAGACGAAGACCGUGGUUGAGUGCGCGCUCCAACUUCUUCAGUCUACCUCAGAGAUAGUGCCACACCUUCUUCUCUGUGCGCCGUCGAACCCCGCAGCCGACACGCUUGCAAUUCGGCUUUCUUCUCGUUUGAAGCCUCAUGAGCUAUUCAGACUGAACGGAUGGAAUAGGACCUUUGCUGAGGUCCCCAGCCAACUUCUUCCUUAUACAUACACAGAGAAUGAAAUUUUCUCCCUGCCUCCCUUUGAAACUAUUAUGAAAUAUAAAAUUAUCGUCACUACCUGCGCGGACGCAGAUAUGCUUGUCCAAGCUCGCCUAUCGAAUCAGGAUCUAAUGGAACUAGCCUUUGGCACCAUAUCUGCCGUGUCUCCCGGGCUUCAGGUAAGCAUGGAGAAGCUAAUCCACUGGACGGCACUUAUUGUCGACGAAGCAGCUCAAGCAACAGAACCAUCCGUUUGUAUACCAAUGACUGUCGUCUCGACGCCACCCACUAGUAUCACUAAACCGGGGAAGAAGACUAUGCUGCCCCUCUUUGUCAUGGCUGGUGAUGAACAUCAGCUAGCUCCACGAGUAUACAACUCUGAUACAGCCCUAUCAGUUUCUCUAUUUCAGCGACUAUUUAUGCGCCCAAUCUAUGCUAAUCACCCCCUAUCCCGAAGAAACAUUGGGCCCUACAAAAAACUUACAAAAUCGAUGCUUCCCAUACUUCGUCCGCCUUUCAUUAAUCUCACUCGAAAUUACCGUUCUCACCCAGCAAUUCUUGCGAUGCCUUCUGUUCUUUUCUACAGCGACACUUUAAUUCCAACUGCAACCCCCCCGCAUGCUCAGGGCCCAAUCCCUACAUGGCCAGAAUGGCGAAACCGGCGUCGCUGGCCACUGCUUUUCAACUGCAAUGCCUCACAGGAUCAAGUGGAAGAUAUCCUCACUUAUGGGCCAGGCACAGGGGUUUACAACGAUACGGAAGCAAAAAUUGCCCUACGCUACACUCAAUCAUUACUUGAACACGCAUCGACGAUAGAUUAUCUUUCAUAUUCGAAAUUCCCAGUCACGGAUCCUCCCCCAAAACCAAUAUCUCAGCAUGAAAUCGCCGUCAUAACGCCCUUCCUUGCGCAGGUAACCCAUCUUCGCAAACUAUUUCGAUCCCACAACCUUUACGACGUCAACAUUGGACCGCUAGAGGCUUUCCAGGGUCUGGAAAGUCGCUUUUUGAUUAUCUGUACAACGCGCACCAGGUCAGAUCAAAAAUUUCUGGAGACGGAUCAAUCGAGGGCCCUGGGUCUAGUUGGCGAACGACAGCGAUUUAACAUGGCAAUAACGCGAGCCAAAGAGGGCGUCAUCAUUAUUGGGAAUCCCAACGUGCUUGUGGGUACGGGAAAAGACGAGACAUGGCGCGCCUUUCUCGGCUUCUGUGCUCGAAAUGGAUGCUGGACGGUGGAACAGCAGGCAGAUCAGUCCACGAAGAGCACGUCGGAGUACUGGUUUCGAAUGCUGGGGGGAAGGGAUAAGAAUACUUUUGGAUUAAGCUGGAAUUUUGAUAUCUCAAAUAUUGGCUAUAUGAGUAGAUUAGAAAAGGCGCUUUUACAUAGUGAUUCCCUGGCGCAAAUGGAUGAUGUGGAUUCUGAUGAGGGUUUGGCUGGCAAAAGCAAGACCCGUCACCGGAAGUUGGGGGCGAUUCGUGAGGAAGAAGACUAUGAUUCUGCGAUGUGGACUGCCGGAUUGGCGGCUGAGGAAGUCCUUCGAGGUGCUUUGGACGAUGACUAUACUGGAUAG